AUGACUGACACAGUGGACAAAUUGGUAAUCUUCUUAGCAAAAAGAGAUGGCAUAGACAAGCUUGUGAAGACAUUUCAAUAUGUCUCCAAGCUUGCAAACUGGCGCGUGGAAGCCACUCACCCUGACAUAUCCAAGAGGUUCAAAAAUUGGGAAGUAGCUGCUGGCCUCAGCAGAAAAGCCUUCAGAACUGGAAGAUUUCUCACAGGAUUCAACACUCUUAGAAGAAACCCUGGUUCUACUCCCGUUUUAAGGCUACUAGCAGUGCUUUCUAAUUCAGGAGAAAUGGUGUAUUUCUUUUUUGACCAUUUUCUUUGGCUGUCAAGAAUUGGAACUUUGGAUGCAAAGUUAGCAAAGAAGAUGAGUUUCAUAUCAGCUUUUGGUGAGUCUUUUGGUUAUGUUUUCUUCAUUAUAACUGAUUUCAUUUUUUUGAAAGAAGGGUGGAAGGCUGAAAGAAAGCUUAAAAGCUCAGAGGGAAAAGAAAAAUCAGAAGAAAAUGAGAAAGAGAUUCAAAAAAUAAAAAGUGAUAGAAUAAUGAGGCUGAUGGCUGUGGCUGCUAAUGUUGCAGAUUUGAUCAUAGGAUUGGCUGAAAUUGAACCAAAUCCUUUAUGUAAUCACACUCUUUCUCUUGGUAUUAGUGGAUUGGUUUCUGCAUGGGCUGGUUGGUAUAGAAAUUGGCCUACAUAA